AUGCCUGGCUAUUGUCAAGUGAAACGGAAAGUUCCAGGACAUAGUGAGCCUGUUACAGUCUGUCGUUUUGACUAUCCGAUGGCUCUACGUGACACAGCAAGUGUUGGAUUAGAUAGCAAAUACAGACCACGGUUUGAACCCAUGCGAAAUGAUCCAAUUCUCAAUACUUACAACCCUGCUCUGAUAAUGGCCUGGCGAGCCAACAUCGAUGUCAAACCAGUCCUCAGUAAGGAUGCUGCAUUAAAUUAUAUUGCAAAAUAUGCUUCUAAAUCAGAGCAACAGGCUCCCGAGUUUCCGCAACUUCUGGGAUCGGUCCUCCGAAACAUGGACGAAAAUAGUACAACAUCGUCUUUGUUUGCACACUGCCGGGCUGCCAAUCAUUCCCAUCCUCGAGACACACUUCGAGACUGGGUAGAGGAAAAUCGUGAAUGUCAGGAAGAGGAAGACAUUGAUGAGGACAUACACAAUCCUGAUGUUGAGUUUAUGGAUGAGGUUGACUGGCAAAUGUGGGCCAGAGACCACCCGACAACUGAAAUCCCGCAUUUCACACUGGAAGAUCUUGAGCAAAAGGUCAUCUUUGACAGAUACGUUAGAGCGUAUGAGAUAAUUCUUGCCGGAGAUACUACCCAUCAACAUCUUUUCAACAUUGAUGGUACGGCAGGGUGUGGAAAAACCUACCUCAUCCGUGCCAUUUGUCAGGAAUUACGACGAAUGGCUGCCAACUGUGGGCAAACUGAUCCUAUCCGUAAUCAAGUUACGUCAGAGGAAAGACUGAGUUUUGCAGACAAACCUUGUUUGUAUACAACCCGAGACGAAGUCCAUGUACAAAAUCUCAAAGAACUCGAGAAACUCAACAUUCCAUGUGCAAAGAUCAGUGCAAAAAAUGACGGAGGAUCUGAAGCUAACGCAGCUUCCGCAGAUGUGGCUGGGGGUCUGGAAAAUACUGUGAUCCUUGCUCGAGGUGCGAAGGUCAUGAUCACUCGAAAUAUCUGGCAAACCAGAGGUCAGUUUAAUUGUAGUUUGCUUCUACACACUAUAUUCAGUGAUUUUAGGCCUUGUGAAUGCCACGGUUGGAAUAGUGGAGGAUGUGAUUUGGGAACCGGGCGCUGUACGAUCUGA